AUGUGCCUGCAGGUUCCCCAGUGGAUAAUCUGCCCGAUCGGCUUCGGAGGCCUGGCCGCUCGGCGUGGGGAUUUAGAGCCCAUCUGUUUCCAGCGGAUGGGGCUCCCUUUUCUAACCUUUCGAUUCUGCGGGGUCUGCCCGUACCGCUCUUCAUCCAUGAUUUUCAUUAAGCGCUCUUAUUUUAAGACGAUCUGGAUGAAAUGUAAGCAUUACUUUCCUAAAGAAUACGCAGUACCACGCAGUGCACCAAGCCUGUCUCAAAUUGAAAUUAUUCCAUGCAAGAUCUGUGGAGACAAAUCAUCAGGAAUCCAUUAUGGUGUCAUUACUUGUGAAGGCUGCAAGGGCUUUUUCAGGAGGAGUCAGCAAAGCAAUGCCACCUACUCCUGUCCUCGUCAGAAGAACUGUCUGAUCGAUCGGACUAGUAGAAACCGCUGCCAGCACUGUCGACUACAGAAAUGCCUUGCCGUCGGGAUGUCUCGCGAUGCUGUAAAAUUUGGCCGAAUGUCGAAAAAACAGAGAGACAGCUUGUACGCAGAAGUGCAGAAACACCGGAUGCAGCAGCAGCAGCGUGACCACCAGCAGCAGCCUGGAGAGGCCGAGCCACUGACGCCCACCUACAACAUCUCAGCCAAUGGGCUGACGGAACUUCACGAUGACCUCAGCAAUUACAUCGACGGGCACACCCCCGAGGGGAGCAAGGCAGACUCUGCGGUCAGCAGCUUCUACCUGGACAUACAGCCUUCCCCGGACCAGUCAGGUCUUGAUAUCAAUGGAAUCAAACCAGAACCGAUAUGUGAUUACACACCAGCAUCGGGCUUCUUUCCCUACUCCACCUUCACUAAUGGAGAGAUCAGCCCUGGGCUCACACCCAGCUCUCUGAAACACCUUGCACAGAAUAUAUCUAAGUCCCAUCUGGAGACUUGUCAGUACUUGAGAGAAGAGCUCCAGCAAAUAACAUGGCAGACCUUUCUGCAGGAGGAGAUUGAGAACUAUCAAAACAAGCAGCGGGAGGUGAUGUGGCAGUUGUGUGCCAUCAAAAUUACAGAAGCAAUCCAGUAUGUGGUGGAGUUUGCCAAACGCAUUGAUGGAUUUAUGGAACUGUGUCAAAACGAUCAAAUUGUGCUUCUAAAAGCAGGUUCUCUAGAGGUGGUGUUCAUCAGAAUGUGCCGUGCCUUUGACUCUCAGAACAACACCGUGUACUUUGAUGGGAAGUAUGCUAGCCCGGAUGUCUUCAAAUCCUUAGGUUGUGAAGACUUUAUUAGCUUUGUGUUUGAAUUUGGAAAGAGUUUAUGUUCUAUGCACCUGACUGAGGAUGAAAUUGCAUUAUUUUCUGCAUUUGUACUGAUGUCAGCAGAUCGCUCAUGGCUGCAGGAAAAGGUGAAAAUUGAAAAACUCCAACAAAAAAUUCAGCUAGCUCUUCAACACGUCCUACAGAAGAAUCACCGAGAGGAUGGAAUACUAACAAAGUUAAUAUGCAAGGUGUCGACCUUAAGAGCCUUAUGUGGACGGCAUACGGAAAAGCUAAUGGCAUUUAAAGCAAUAUACCCAGACAUUGUGCGACUUCACUUUCCUCCAUUAUACAAGGAAUUGUUCACUUCAGAAUUUGAGCCAGCGAUGCAAAUUGAUGGGUAA